AGAAGAGAAAGAGAGAGAGAGAUCAGGAGGGGAUAGAAGUUGUCCACUGGGUGUGUGUGCAUGUGUGUGUAUGUGUGUGCGUGUGUGGAUUGGCAGCAGCUGGGACACAGCAGCACAGAAUACCCAAUAUGGCAGAGAGCACAGACAUUGACCAGCUUCUGAACUCCUUUAAGAAGUUUGCCAUCCAUGGUGACACCAAAGCUAGUGGGAAGGAGAUGAAUGGGAAAAACUGGGCUAAACUAUGCAAAGACUGCAAAGUCAUUGACAGCAAGAACAUCACCAGCACUGAUGUAGAUAUUGUCUUCACUAAAGUCAAAUCAAAGACAUCUCGGGUCAUAACAUAUGAGGAGUUCCAGAAAGCGCUGGAAGAAUUGGCUCCAAAGAGGUUUAAAGGUCAAAGCAAAGAGGAGGCACUACAGUCUAUAUAUCAGUUAAUUGAGGGCAAAGAACCUACCAAUGUUGGAGUAACGAAAGUGGCAAAGACUGCCACGGUGGAUAGAUUAACCGACACAUCAAAAUAUACCGGCUCUCACAAGGAACGCUUCAAUGAGAGUGGGAAAGGCAAAGGAAAAAGUGGGCGGGAGGAGAUUGUGGAGCAUACAGGCUACGUAGGGGCAUAUAAGAAUGCCGGAACUUACAACGAGAAGACGAAGGCCAAGUAAGGCCUCGAUCUCCAUGUCAACACGUUCUAAGCUCUGUGCUCCAUCUUCAUCAGUAUCAGUGACUCAGGAAGUGUUAUUAAUGUUUGUCUUAAAAGCAUAACGAUACAGGACAUGGUAUUAUGGUCGGUCUUCAUUUGAAAGUUGACAUAAAGGUCAGAGUGGAACCUGUGAGAACUGGUGUCUCUCAUUUCAUGCUGUUACCAGCCCCUGCAAUACAUAAGAUUUCAGGAGAACAUCUCAAAGAGCAAGUAUUAACACAAGCAUACAGGUGGGGAAACAGUUAAGGAAUGUAUCCAUUUCAGUUUUAAUGUUGCUGUGUAAUUGCUACAGUGAAAUGUGCAUCUGAACAUCAUUGUUCCAGGGAAGGAGAGAAAGAAUAGAGAUCCCUUUAAGAGUUUUUUUUUUCUUGCCCAAAAUUAGUAAGGACGCUCUUAAUUAAUUGCUAUCAUUAAAUUCUCACACAAAUUCCUUGCUAGAAGUUAAAUAACAGCAAAGUGAUUCUUCAAAUGAUCAUUCCUAAAUGGUAAACCAGUUUUACAUGUGUGUAUCCUUCUGUUGUAUCUUUCUUUUUAGUUAUUCUACUUUAUUACUGAAACUGGAAAUUGCAUUUAUACAAUGUUGAAUAAA